AACAGAGAGAACAGGUUAAUUAAGAGUGAGAGACACACACAGUUAUACAGUGAAAGAGGGAUCAAAGAUGUGUAGCGAACCCAGUCCAGUGGCUGGAGAAAAAAAACAGAGCAGGAGAACAUCCAAUAGGAUCAAGAAGAGGAAAUACAUAGCCAUGAUGGAUGACGACUCUCCUUCGAAUCUUGAAACGUCUCGUAAUAAGCAGAUCAGAACAAAGACGAAGAAACCUAAAUUUCUCAGUCUCAAGCUCGAAAUCAACACUUCUCACGAGAUCGACGAGAGUCAUGUAGCCACGUCAAACAAAAAGAAGAGCAAACAAAAACCAUCGAAAGAAGGAGCUGGUACGACACCGUUUAAGGAGAAGAAGAGAGUGGAGGAGAGUACUGUGAGAGGAGGAGAGAAAGAAGAAGAGCAGUACGACACAGUCGCAGCUUACCUCUUCAGUUCAACCACCGACAGCACAAUAUCAUCGAUCCACGAUCUGCUCCCCUCCUCCGCCCCCGCCGAUGAGGAAGGAAGGAACAUGUCUCCGUACGACUUUCAGGAGCAUGGAUCGACCUCUACUUCGCUUCUACUGACAGCCAUGAGGAAAGGAGCGAGCAAGGAGGAGACUACGGCGGAGCGGUGGGUGAGUUAUUCGGAGGUUGUGGACGAGGUGAUGAGUAGGAGCGGAACUCCGCGUUGUUGCGGCGGAGAUGGGAACGAUAUUGGAAGGCCUUCUUCGCUGGCUCUGAAGCUUGAUUACGAGCAGAUCAUGGAGGCUUGGCCGGAUAAAGGUACUCUUUAUGUCGACGGAGAACCGCCGCAGACGGUCCCGGACUUGCAUGCUUCCACUGAUGUGUAUACCGGCGGUGGAGACGCAGGGAAUUUAUGGGCGGUGCCGGAGAUGGAGAUGGAGAUGGAGAUGGAGACGACGGAGUCGUUAUGGAGAGGGCAUAGAGAAGCGAGCUUGCUACGGUAUAAAGAGAAACGGCAAAGCCGCCUUUUCUCUAAGCGGAUUCGAUACCAAGUUCGUAAACUCAACGCUGAGAAACGUCCUCGUGUUAAAGGCCGGUUUGUGAAGAGGGACGAUUUGUAAACCACUAAAAACUGGUGGUUUAGACUUGUGGUUUGUGGACGUACUAGUCUUAUAAAAUAACCAAGUGGAGGAUGUUUGGUAUAAUAAUGUUAUUCUGUAAAUUUUUGAGAAGUUAAGGGCCUAACCGGAGUAUACCGAGAAAUGAAAGGUGUUGGUUGAUAUAUGGGUCUUGACCAGCUCGGUUAUGAGUUUCGGUUUGUUUGCCCGGUUUAGUUCUAUUAGCAGAAAAGUCAACUAAUGUACCACAUCAUCUAAGCGAAUAAUAAAUUAAUAAUAUAUGUGGAUAUUAACGAUAACAUAA